AAGUCCCCUCACCCCCACAUGGCUGCAUCUUCCUCCCCCAGCGGUGACCACAUUGGCCCCACCCCCUGCAGCCGCCAAUCCUGAGCCCCUGGAGUGGGAUGGGGAAGCGCCCCUCAGGCCACCCUGCGCUCCCGCAGGCCUCCAGAGCCCCGACGUAGCUGCAAAGCAUGCUGCUGGCCUCAGCCCUGAGAAGAAGAUGCUUCCUCAGAGGGGCUAAGUGUUGUGAGUGCAGCGCCUCCCUUUCUCACCAGUACUAUGAGAAGGAUGGGCAGCUCUUCUGCAAGAAGGACUACUGGGCCCGCUACGGCGAGUCCUGCCACGGGUGCUCGGAGCACAUCACCAAGGGGCUGGUCAUGGUGGCUGGGGAGCUGAAGUACCACCCCGAGUGCUUCAUCUGCCUCACCUGUGGGACCUUCAUUGGUGACGGGGACACCUACACGCUGGUGGAGCACUCCAAGCUGUACUGUGGCCACUGCUACUACCAGACUGUGGUGACCCCCGUCAUCGAGCAGAUCCUGCCUGACUCCCCUGGCUCCCAUCUGCCCCACACCGUCACCCUAGUAUCCAUCCCAGCCUCAUCUCAUGGCAAGCGUGGCCUCUCCGUCUCCAUCGAUCCACCUCACGGCCCGCCGGGCUGCGGCACUGAGCACUCCCACACCGUCCGCGUCCAAGGAGUGGACCCAGGCUGCAUGAGCCCAGAUGUGAAGAAUUCCAUCCAUGUCGGAGAUCGGAUCCUGGAGAUCAAUGGCACGCCCAUCCGGAAUGUGCCCCUGGACGAGAUUGAUCUGCUGAUCCAGGAAACCAGCCGCCUGCUCCAGCUGACCCUUGAGCACGACCCCCACGAUAUCCUGGGCCACGGGCUGGGGCCGGAGACUAGCCCUCUGGUCUCCCCGGCCCCCACUCCCAGUGGGGAGGCAGGCGGCUCUGCCCGGCAGAAACCUGUCUUGAGAAGCUGCAGCAUCGACAGGUCUCCGGGCGCCAGCUCGCUGGGCUCCCCCGCCUCCCAGCGCAAGGACCUGGGGCGCUCCGAGUCCCUCCGCGUGGUCUGCCGACCGCAUCGCAUCUUCCGGCCCUCGGACCUCAUUCACGGGGAGGUGCUGGGCAAGGGCUGCUUCGGCCAGGCCAUCAAGGUGACACACCGCGAGACAGGCGAGGUGAUGGUGAUGAAGGAGCUGAUCCGGUUCGAUGAGGAGACCCAGAGGACGUUCCUGAAGGAGGUGAAGGUCAUGCGAUGCCUGGAGCACCCCAACGUGCUCAAGUUCAUCGGGGUGCUCUAUAAGGACAAGAGGCUCAACUUCAUCACCGAGUACAUAAAGGGGGGCACCCUCCGGGGCAUCAUCAAGAGCAUGGACAGCCAGUACCCGUGGAGCCAGAGGGUGAGCUUUGCCAAGGACAUCGCGUCGGGGAUGGCUUACCUCCACUCCAUGAACAUCAUCCAUCGGGACCUCAACUCCCACAACUGCCUGGUCCGUGAGAACAAGAACGUGGUGGUAGCCGACUUCGGGCUGGCGCGGCUCAUGGUGGACGAGAAGACACAGCCCGAGGACCUGCGGAGCCUCAAGAAGCCGGACCGCAAAAAGCGGUACACCGUGGUGGGCAACCCCUACUGGAUGGCGCCCGAGAUGAUCAAUGGACGCAGCUAUGACGAGAAAGUGGAUGUGUUUUCCUUUGGAAUCGUCCUGUGCGAGAUUAUCGGGCGGGUGAACGCGGACCCCGACUACCUGCCCCGCACCAUGGACUUUGGCCUCAAUGUGCGAGGCUUCCUGGACCGCUACCUCCCCGCAAACUGUCCCUCGAGCUUCUUCCCCAUUACCGUGCGCUGCUGCGAUCUGGACCCUGAGAAGAGGCCCUCCUUUGUGAAGCUGGAACACUGGCUGGAGACCCUCCGCAUGCACUUGGCCGGCCACCUGCCGUUGGGGCCGCAGCUGGAGCAGCUGGACAGGAGCUUCUGGGAGACCUACCGGCGUGGCGAGAGCGGACUGCCCACCCACCCUGAAGUCCCCGACUGAGCCCAGCCCACCCAGCUGCCUGCCCCUCCUCCGGAGAGUCCACCCUCACCAGAUUCUGCUGCCGGAGGUGGCCAGGUGUGGCGCUCUUAGACGGGGCUGCGGGCGCCCAUAUCCCUCCCCAGAGUCGGGCCCUGACUGGCCUUCUGUCACCCUGUGGACCGC